GCAAUGAUUUGAUGGUUUGGUUCGUUCUCAAUCCAUAUUUCUUGCCGAGCCCCAGCUCAUCCUCUUGGACCUUGCCUCAUCAAUUAUCUGUGAUGAUUUUUAUCGACAAUACGGAGUAAUAUCAAAUAUUACAGCAGCAUGCUGGGAAUAGAUCGUGAUCGGGGCUGGGGCAUAGAAUGGCAGCAGGGUCCCCUGACCAUAGUCAGUCAUGACUGCAGGACGCACCUUGAACCGCACGAUACAGCCCACAUCCAUGAUCUAGUAGAUACGGAGUACAUAUCCCACACUUCAUCACACAGGCGGUUCGCGAGUGCGACUCCUGAAAUAUGUCCAACCUCGGUCGCUCUCACGGAUGUUUGCAUCAGGCCUGUAUCCACAUUGUGCUCCACACUACAAAAACAUACAAGCACCAGGAUACACUUCGUAAAUGUCAGUGUUAGAUUUAGCAUGUUCCUCGUCCGGCAUUACGAGUACGUUGUUGCACGCAUGGCGCACAUGAUUCGUCAUUGACUAUUUUGCGCAGCCCUCCCUUGAAUGCUCGCAUUUUCUUGCCGGAGAGUCGGGGGUUAGAAUAAUGCGCAAUUAACGGGGAUAUUGACUGGCCCACCGUACAAGUAGAACGCAAGCGCUGCCUCGCAAUUUGGGAGAAUGUGUCAAGCAGACGAUUCCGCAGCCGGAGCGCCACACUGUCAC